AUGUAAUUUCCUCCAAUUUCUAUCAAUUUUAGCCUAAAACAUGUUCAUGUAUAUUCCGUUACCUCUUCUUCAUCCUCAUGUACAUUUUCCAUCACUUUCCUGAGAAAACUACAGACACCUCAAGAAAGAAAAACAAUAUAAAAAAUGGCAGAAUGGACCCAUCUCCCAAAAGACCUAUUAGAACAAAUCUCAAAACACCUAGACACCUCGAUUGAUCUCCUCAGAUUCCGCUCCGUAUGCUCCUCAUGGCGAUCCGCAAUCUCCCCGAAACACCGCCGCUCAUCGGGCGGCGCUCUUCGCGUACUCCCCAACGACGGCAUAUCGCGCACUUCCUUCGGGUUUUACCUCUCGAGAAGAACCGUAUUCCUGAUCGGAAUACCCAAUUCCCAUAACCAAACAAAGCCGCUGAUUAAUGGGUGGUUAGUCAAAAUUGAAGAGGAUAACGGUAACCCGCCACGGGCAAAGAAAUUUUUGAAUCCAUUAUCAAGGUAUAAAUUAAAUUCAUUGCCUAAUGAUUUUCCGAGAGUUUUGGACUUGUUUAAUCUUAGGGUUUUUGAAUUGGGUCAAGAAUAUGUUUUGCAUCAUGUGAAUUAUAAUUCGUCGUCUGUUAGCGAUCCGGGGAAUUUGUACAUGGAGAAAGUUGUGAUGAUUUGGUUGAAAAAUUGUGAAAAUGCUGACAUUUUUGUGUUGCUUACUAUCCAUGUUUCCGGGAAAUUGGCGAUUUUUAGAACUGGUGAUAAGAAAUGGAGUAUUAUACCGGUUAUGAGUUCUCCUUAUGAUGAUGUUAUUGUUUAUAAAGAGAAGUUUUAUGCUGUUGAUAAUACUGGUAGGACUGUGAUUGUCGGGGUGGAUUCGGAAUUGCAUUUGAUUGGGAAUCCGGUUUUCGGUGGCGAUAAGAAGUAUUUGGUCGAGUCUGACGGGGUUUUGUUGUUGGUUGAUAUGUAUUUGAGUAUUGAUACGGCGGAAGAGGGUUUUAGUUUUGGUGAGGAGUUUUUGGAGCAUCUUGCGCAGUAUAUGAGCGAAAGGACGGUGAAGUUUAAGGUUUUUAAGUUAAAUGAAGAAGUGCGGAGCUGGAUUGAAGUAAAAAGGUUGAAUGAUCGUGUACUGUUUCUGGGCGAUGAUUCGACAUUUUCUGCAUCAGUUUCUGAUUUGUCUGGAUGUAAAGGAAAUUGUAUAUUUUUCGUGGAUAAUUUCUUUUAUCCGAGGGAUGAGAGUCCAAGUACGAGUGGGGGAGAUGAUGGAGUAUUGGCAGGUCGAGAUAUUGGGGUGUUUGAUAUGGAGAGUGGUCGUAUUGGACCAUUAGGGAAUUAUCCUGAAUAUGCCAAGAUUUUCUGGCCACCUCCGAAUUGGGUUGCUUCAACAUCAUCGGAAGUGCAAACUUGAAGUCGACAUGAAGAGCUUUCUAUGAAAAAUGAUGUUUAAAUAAUGUAUUUCAUUGUCGCACCCGUUAAAUCUCGUUCUGAUCUGAAACUUGGAUACCAACACUAUUAUUGAUCUUGGACAGUUGGACCUCUUUUUGUUUAUAGAAGAACCUUGAAAUCCCGAUGAGUAUGAACAUAAUUUUUCUUGAA